AUGGGAACGGUUCGGAGUGUGCUCGAGCAGCUGGGCAACUACAUCGGCGGGUUCCCCCAGGCGGCGAUGGACCCUCUGCUGGACCUCAUGUUCCUCCCCUCGGGCCUCAACCUCAAUAUAGUGCGAUUCAAUAUAGGCGGCGGCUCGCUCCCGCAGUACAGCCCGCAGCUUCACUCGGACGCGCUGCUGCGCUGGCGGGCCAUGCCGGGGUACUGGCCGGCGCAGGCAGCGGGGUUCAACUGGACGGCGGAUUCGAGGCAGCAGGCGGUGCUGCUGGGAGCCAAGGCCCGCGGGGUGAACGUGUUCGAGGCGUUUUCCAACAGCCCGCCCUGGUGGAUGACCGCGAGUAAAGACGUUGCGGGUGGGAAGAAGGCGUUUCAGACGAACCUGCUGCGAAAGCAUGAGGGGCGGUUUGCGAGGUACUUGGUGGAAGUGGUGGAAAGGUUUAGAACGGAUCCGGCGUUGGGUAACAUCGAGUUCGAUACACUGGAGCCGUUUAACGAGGCGUUAGAGGGGUACUGGAUAAAGGGGAUGGGGCAGGAGGGGUGCAACUUCAACCUGCCACGUGUCCUAUCCCCAAGCCUCCGAGCCUCGUCUCGAGGCGCAUCAAAUGUUACCGUUAGAGCGUCCGGCGACGAUGGCGGAAGCGGAAGCGGCGCGUCGUCGUCUACCCGCCGGUCCGCGGCGCGGCGGUCGCGACAAUACUCUUCUUCCGUGCAAGAAGCGUCAGGAGGGCGACGCGGGAGUGCUUCUAACGCGGGAUUUGAAAUCGACACGGAGUUAAUAGGCAUCGGCGCGAUGCUAUUGGCUGUCGGCGCGGGAAUCUGGGGAGUUUCGCGGUUCCUAGCGCGUGGCGGGAUCGGCAGUAGCGGGGAUAGUGACGAGGAAGAGGAGGGUGCGGGUAGCAAGAGUUCGUCGUUUAGUGCGGGUGACGACAAGGAGAAGCAGCGCAAGUGGCGGCAGCAGUCGAUGGCGAAAGUUAAGGAGUUAGCGCAGCAGCUUCGGUCAUUCAGGACCGUCGAUCUCAGCGGCAAGAGUCUGGGCGACGAGGGGUUCAAAUAUCUCGCAGAAUCUCUCGCCUUCAACAAUAGUGUUGAAAGCGUUGACUUUUCCAACAAUGGGAUCGGCCCGGAGGGGGUCAAAGCCCUGACCGAAGCCCUGGCGACGAAUGCCUAUCUCAAGACGCUCAACCUCUCGGGGAACACCAUUGGGGACGAGGGAGCUAAGGUUCUAGCUGGUAUCAUGGAGCAGAACCGCGGCGUGCAGACGCUGCAGCUGAGCAGCAACGGGAUCGGGGAUGAGGGCAUGCGAGCAUUAGCGGAGAUGGUGAAGAAGAACGAAGCGAUCGUUUGUUUGGAGAUGAACAACAACGGCAUCGAGUACGAGGGCUGUGCUGCUCUCGCCGAUGCCCUCACCAGCACCAAGUCUCUGCGCUCACUGCACCUCAAUGGCAACUAUGCAGGCACGCUGGGAGCAUCUGCCCUGGCCAAGGGCCUUCAGGAGAACAAGUCACUCAGGGAGUUGCAUUUCAACGGGAAUGGAGUGGGGGAUGAGGGAGCUCGAGUGCUGGCGUCUGGCCUUCUCGCGCACAAGGGCAAGCUGGUCACCAUCGACCUCAGCAACAACAGCAUGGGCUCCAAGGGGGCGGCUCAUAUCGCUGAAGUGAUCAAGAAAAGCCGCAGCCUGCAGUGGCUGAACCUCUAUAUGAACGACUUUGGAGACAAGGGAGCGGAGAGAAUAGCAGAUGCUCUCAAGAGGAACAAGUCGAUUGCUACUAUUGACCUGGGAGGCAACAACAUUCAUGCGGAGGGCAUUGCGGCCAUCUGUGACGCACUCAAAGAGAACUCCACCAUCACCACUCUUGAGUUGGGGUACAACCCCAUUGGUCCAGAGGGCGCCAAAGCACUGGCAGACACGGUCAAGUUCCAUGGGAACGUGGAGACGCUGCGACUGGGGUGGUGCAAGAUCGGAGUGAAGGGAGCAGAGUACAUGGCAGAUGCUCUCAAGUACAACAGCACCAUCAACACUCUUGACCUGAGGGCCAACGCGCUGGGUGAUGAGGGCGCGGCCAUUCUGGCUCUGAGUCUGCGUGUGGUCAACAAGCAGCUCAUUCUAAACACCGAUGGGCCCGGAGCGGCCAUCCUGGCUUUAAGUCUGCGCGUGGUCAACGAGCAGCUCUCCUCGUUGGACCUGGGCUUUAAUGAGAUCCGCGACCGUGGGGCAUACGCCCUGGCAGAGGCGCUCAAAGCGAAUGGGGAGGCGGCAGUCGAGACACUUAACCUCUCCAGCAACUACAUCACCAAAUACGGCCAGGUUGCUCUGAGCGAGGCCAAGGACCUGGUGAGUGAGAUGACAGAUACUUACCAGUGGUUCAUUCCCUCUUUCCUCCGGUUUCCCUCUGUGCGUGUAUCAAAUCCCUCCCAGGUUGCUUUGAGCGAGGCCAAGGACCUGGUGAGUGAGAUGAAUGACGGCAAGGAGGUCAACAUCUACUGGUAA